AUGAAGCUUUUGGAGACGAACCUCUCAUAUGCAUUCCUCGAUAUUGGCCCGCUCUCCAAGGGGCACUCGCUCGUCAUUCCCAAGUACCACGGAGAGAAGCUGCACGAUAUCCCCGAUGAAUAUCUUGCUGAUGCACUGCCAAUAGCCAAGAAGAUUGCAGUUGCCCUGGGAGCGACGGAUUAUAACAUCCUUCAAAACAACGGAAGGAUUGCGCACCAAGUGGUGCCUCACGUUCAUUUUCACGUCAUCCCUAAGCCUUCUGCGAGCGACGAUGAAGGACUUGUUAUCGGCUGGCCGACACAAGAGGUCAAGCAGGCUGAAUUGCAAAAGCUCUUCGAGGAGAUCAAGGGUAAACUAUAA